UCCGGUUUGUAGACGGAGGGCAGCAGCAUGGCAUCCGACAGCACCAUGGCUAACAUUAACGGGCGAGAGAGCGUCUCUCUGAACGGGGAGCCGGUCGUGAAGCGGCCACGGGAGAGCGUCCAGCAGGAGUCCUCUCUCCGCGUGCCCAAGGAGCCGCAGAACAAAGUGACCGUUGUUCUCGGGGCGCAGUGGGGCGACGAGGGCAAGGGGAAAGUUGUGGACUUGCUCGCAAUGGAUGCGGAUAUUGUCUGCAGGUGCCAGGGAGGCAACAAUGCAGGACACACUGUUGUUGUGGACUCAGUGGAGUACGACUUCCACCUGCUGCCCAGUGGAGUGCUCAACAAGAAGGCUCUCUCCUUCAUUGGCAACGGAGUGGUGAUUCACCUGCCAGGUCUGUUCGAGGAGGCUGAAAAGAACCUGCAGAAAGGCAAAGGAUUACAAGGAUGGGAGGAGAGACUGAAAAUUUCUGAUCGUGCCCACAUUGUGUUCAACUUCCAUCAAGCUGUUGAUGGAAUCCAGGAGCAGCAGCGGCAGCAACAAGAAGGGAAAAAUUUGGGAACCACUAAAAAGGGUAUCGGUCCUGCCUACUCCUCCAAAGCUGCUCGGAACGGCCUGCGAGUCUGUGACCUUGUCUCUGAUUUCAAGGUUUUUGAGGAAAAGUUUCGUAUGUUGGCAGAACAUUUCCUGACGAUGUAUCCAAACCUUAAUGUGGACACUGACAGUGAACUGGAGCAGCUGAAGAAAUAUGCGGAGAGACUGCGUCCUAUGGUGACUGAUGGGGUGUACUUCAUGCACAAAUCUCUUACGGGUCCCAGUAAGAAAAUCCUGGUGGAAGGAGCCAACGCUGCUCUGCUGGAUAUUGACUUUGGGACGUAUCCUUUCGUGACGUCUUCUAACUGCACUGUGGGAGGCGUGUGCACUGGUCUCGGCGUGCCUCCAUCAUACGUUGGCCGAGUAUACGGUGUGGUCAAAGCGUACACAACUCGGGUGGGCGUUGGUGCUUUCCCAACAGAGCAGGAUAAUGAGACUGGAGACCUGUUACAGUCCAAAGGGAGAGAAUUCGGUGUGACGACGGGCAGAAGGAGGCGCUGCGGUUGGCUGGACCUGAUAUUGGUCAGAUACGCCCACAUGGUCAACGGCUUCUCUGCAAUUGCCCUGACGAAACUGGACAUUUUGGACACACUGCCAGAGAUUAAAGUGGGUGUGGCCUAUAAGGUUGAUGGACAACCUCUCCCAAGUUUCCCUGCAAACAUGGAUGUUUUGACGCGGGUGUCAGUGGAGUACAAGACGUUGCCCGGCUGGUGCUGCAGCACUGAGGCAGCCCGGAGCUUCGGAGAGCUGCCGUCACAGGCACAAGAUUACAUUCGGUUCAUCGAAGACUUCCUGCAAGUGCCAGUGAAGUGGGUUGGAGUCGGCAAGUCCAGAGAGAGCAUAAUCAAACUGUUUUGAUCCGUCUGCCGACCUGUAGUCCUCCUCAGCAACAGCUCAGAUAAUAAUUUCAGGUUUGAUGGGAUUACCAGAGGAAUAUAAAAUGCAAACUCUCCUAAAGGAAAUACUUCACCAGCAAGCUGUUUGUGAAACUUUUAGUAGCUGCUUGUGCAUUACACUCACUGUAAUUGUUCCUGGGUAUAAUUUAUGCAUUCCACAUUGAGUUUUCAAUAUUUAUUAGGGUGUUAAUUUUUAAAACUUGUUGCAGAUCAUUCGUUAUUCCAUUCCACAGUAAAAUAAGUUUUUCUUUUUAGCAUUAGAAGCUAAUUAACCUUAAUUAAUUUGAAUUAAUCUGUUCCUCAUGGGAUUAUUUUUUACGUACAUUUGAAGAGCCAGUGAUGAACAGAUGUAGGAGCCUUUGUAUUUAAUGGCACAACACAAUAAAGCAAGAGAUUAUUUUCAGGCUUUGUAAUGAGAGAAAAUGAUUGAAAGCCAUGGUGCGUUCAGGUCGAUUGUGAACUUUUCUAUUGAGUAAUUUUAAAAUACUUAAAAACAUGAAUGCAUCUCAGUUAAGUCUGUGACAAUAUUUUCAUGAUUGUUGGAAUGAACAUAGUGCUUUUUAAUUCAUCCUCAAAAUGGGUAAACAAAUACUAAGCAACUUUCAACGAGUUUGAAUAGAUGUUUUCUUCAUGAAAAAAUUGAGGAAAAGUAGGAAUUCCACAGCCACAUGUAGACGAUGGCUGAUCUUUUGAGAAGUUUGUACAUGUAAAGAAAAAUGGCCAAAGGGCAAUAAUGUACCAGAGUAUAUCUCAAUAUGUUUCCUAUGCCAGUUCAUUCAUUGUCAAUGCUGUAGAAGACUCUCACUCAGCUUGCUCUUAUCAAUAAAAGGAAACUGUCAUUUA